AGCCAUUGGACCGCAAACACCAAUCCCUCACCCGGCACGGGCGAGUUCGCCGUCUCACUAGGCACCGCGACCGUUGUCCGAUCUGCUCAGCCAUGUCCGGCGGGACCAUUACGAGCGAUUUCGCCAUGCUCACAGCUCAGCUACUGGAGAUCCUGCGAGCGCAUGAGGGGAUGCGGGUCUUCUCUCCCAGAAAUUCCCAGGGAGAAGUCCAUGAGCACGUGCUCUUGCCGAAGGCUUGCCUGAAGCUUUUGGAUGCAGCCCAGGACUACCACUUGAAGGGCGACUUCACCAAAGUGGUUAGCAUUGUUGAGAGCAUGGACAACUAUGAACUGAUGAUCACAGGCCGCGUGUUGCAGGAAAUCUUGGUGCAGGCGGGCUUGUCUGAAGCCCAUCACCGGCUGCGGACCUUCAAGAACUCGGUGUCCUCGGACGUGCAGGGCGUCACCAACACGGAGGACUCUUCUGUGGUGAGCUUCAUUGGCACAUUUGAGAAGCUGGUUCAGAAGGGCAUCAAGCCCGAGGCCAUUCGCGAGGCCGUGAAGGACCAGAAGAUCGAAUUGGUGCUCACAGCACAUCCCACAGAGGCUCAGCGCCGUAGCGCGCUGAAGAAGCAUGAGCAGAUGCUUCAUCAGAUGAAGGUCCAUGAUGGGAAGGAUCAACUGACUCCUGGACAGCUGGCCCAGUUGUACGAGAAGAUCAAGGCCAUUCAAUGGAGCUGCUGGCGGACCAAUACCGUGCGUCGCACCCGGCCGACACCUGAAGGUGAAGCUCGAAACGGCAUGUUGGUCAUCGAGGAGACCGUUUGGAAGGCCGUGCCGGAGCACUACCGACGCCUGGACCGCUGCCUCAAGCGAAUCGGUGCGGAGGAGCUGCCCUUCGAUUGCUCGCUCCUGAAGAUGAGCAGCUGGAUGGGCGGAGACCGCGAUGGCAAUCCCAAUGUGACCUGGAGCGUUACCCAAAAGGUGGUCACUUUGUUGCGCUGGCGUAUUGUGGAGCUCUACUACCGGGAGGUGGAUGAGCUGCUGUAUGAGCUCAGUAUGACUGGUGAGACCAAUGAGGAGAUGAUGAAGGAGGUGGAGGCCGUCAGCAGCAUGUGGCCUUCCUCCGACAAGGGCUCCAAGGUCUGCAGGCCUUCCGAGAAGAGCGGCGUGCACUGGAACUUCCACACCGGAGUGGCCGAGGACGAGCCCUACCGUCGUCUCUUGAUGGCCAUCCGUCGCCGCUGCUGGCGUACGAAGGUGUCCAUGGAGGCCUUGUAUUUGGGCAAGCAGGCCGACCCAGAGUUCCAGAAAGAGGUGAUCACCAGUGCCGAGGAGUUGGCUCGACCAUUGGAGAUCAUGUACCGCUCCUUGAUCGAGCAGGGCGACGAGUUGGUGGCCAACGGCCGCUUGCUGGACCUGAUCCGACGAGUGCGCACCUUUGGCAUCAGCAUGGCUUGCCUGGAUGUGCGUCAGGAAUCGGAUCGACACUCCGAGGUCAUGGACACCUUGACCAGCUUCUUGGACCUCGGCAAGUUCACCGAAUGGACCGAGCAGCAGCGUUGCGAGUGGCUGGUGAAGGAGAUUGAGUCCAAGCGGCCCUUGCUCCCAGAUGACAUGCCCAUGAGUGAUAUCGUGAAGGAGAUCCUGGACACCUACAAGAUCAUCUCCGAGCUGCCGAGCGAAGCCCUGGGCGCCUAUGUGAUUUCCAUGUCGCGCGCAACCUCUGACAUCUUGGCGGUGUGCUUGUUGCAGAAGCUGGGAGGCGUGAAGAAGAUGAUGCGUGUGGCACCCCUCUUCGAGACCCGCGAGGACCUGAUCAAUGCGCCCAAGGUCAUCGAUGCGGCACUCAGCGUGGGCUGGUACAAGAAUCACGUGCAGGGCAAGCAGGAGGUCAUGCUGGGAUACUCCGACUCCGUGAAGGACGCAGGCAAGUUCGCGUCCACCUGGGAGCUGCACUGCGCCAUGGAAAACCUGCUGGAGGUGGGCAAGAAGCAUGGCGUGGCCAUCACCUUCUUCCAUGGACGCGGCGGCUCGAUUGGCCGCGGAGGUGGACCUCCGAACAUGAUUCUGCUCGCGCAGCCUGCAGGAUCCUUACAGAACGGUCACUUGCGCCUCACCAUCCAGGGCGAGACCAUUGGGCGACACUUCCCGAGCUGCGAGGUGGCGGAACGCACCUUGGAGCAGUACUCCACGGCGGUGCUGGAGCAUACCCUGGCGCCACCGCCACUGCCCAAGCCGGAGUUCCGUGCCGCCAUGCAGGAGUUGUCUGAUGUCUCGGCGGCUCACUAUCAAAAGACCGUCUUCAACAGUGAGGGGGAGAUUUUCGUUCGCUUCUUCCACACGUUCACACCGACCUCAGAGCUGGGACAGAUGAACAUCGGCUCGCGGCCCGCGAAGCGACGGUCCUAUGGCGGGAUCGACACGCUGCGAGCCAUCCCCUGGAUCUUCGCUUGGACGCAGACGCGGCUCCUCUUGCCUGUCUGGCUGGGCCACAUGGUCCAAAACGGCGCCCCACGUGAGGAAUGGCCAUUCUUCCGCUCCAUGUUGGACCUCAUUGACGUGGAGUUGGGCAAAGCCUCCCCGAUGAUCACCGAGCAUUACGAGAGCAAGACCGUCCAGGACCCGGAUCUCAAGAAGCUGGGUGCUGAACUUCGCGAGGGGCUCAACCAGAUGAUUACCAACAUCCUCAAGGUCAAGGGUGCCACGAGCCUCCUCUCCUCUGAGCCCAACCUGAAGAUGGCCAUCAACAUGCGCAAGCCCUACUUGGACACCACGCACGCGAUCCAAGCAGAGGUGCUGAAGAGGCUUCGUGGAGAAGAGGGUGAGGUCGAACCAGAGUUGAGGGAUGCGAUGAUCAUCAGCAUCCAAGGUAUUGCGGCCGGCAUGCAGAACACCGGCUGAGCGUGGCAUCCACCAGUUGAACAAAUCCCCCACAUGAGUCAGCAAACGUUUGGACCUGGAUCUUGAAGACCCAAACGAGUUGUCCCUUGAUUUUGGUGGAGCCAAGAUCGAUUUCGACAGACUUUUCCUUGGGCUGCACGGAAGCCAACAGAAUCUUUGCCAGGGCGGCCCCUUUAGGGCUGCCCGAGAGCAUUCGUUUGGAC